UGGGGGGUAUCAAUGUUGAAUCCCAAAAAUCGUGUCGAGAGCUUGACACCCCACAAACAUGCUACCUGGCGCCUCGACGGCGUUGACCCUGAUGGCACCCGAUUCUUUGCUUAUCCGGAGUCUGCCAUCGGACGACCACCUGUGCGGAUCGAUGUGUUCAUCCCUGGCCAGCAGGACCAUCCUGUCGAGCUGCGUACAAUACUGCGAUCUGGCUGGACUGUUCGCGCAAGAGGAAAGCAGGCUGCCAAUCUGGAGAUAUGUCAACAUUUGUUGCGCGCAUUGCAAAGUUGGGGGGCGCGAACACCCGGAUUUCAAGGGCAGUAUUGGCAACUGCCGUUCGGCUCGCGAAUCGUCGUGAACGACAUUCGGGCAGAUGUCAACAAAAUGGACAUCGUCUUCCACCCAGUCUACAACAUUGAGCAGAAUUGGCUUUCGGUGGAGGCUCUGCAAAAGAUGUGGUGUCUGGAACCGGCAGCGUGGCCGGAGGCCAUCGACCUAGCGGACUUGCAAUUGCACAGCCAACCACACGAAUCCAUCUCACUCGUCAAACUUCCCACCCGCCAUGGUACGGAAACGUUGGUAUUCAAGUCGCUUCUGCAGGAUAUCAAGUAUAUGUAUCACGAGCUGAAAAUGCUCCUCACAUUGAAGCGGCAUCCCGGCAUCAUAGGACCUCCACUUUACAUCGUCAAGAAAAAGUGUCGAUUUGGGGGCAAACAUGGUGUUUGCGGUUUUUUAGUGCAGCAUUAUCCGCUCGGGAAUCUUGGUAAAGUGCUCGAACAAUCUGCUCGAGGCAUACCGAGCGUUUUGGUUACGUUGAAGGACCGUCUUCGGUGGGCACGCCAGAUCACUCAAGCACUGCUACACAUCAACAGCUCACCAAUGGGGUUCUAUCCCGACCUCAAACCUGACAACGUCGUACUUACUCCGGGUGUUGAUGGUCUUGACGCCGUGCUGAUCGACCUCGAGCAACGAGGCGGCUGGUAUUCCUGGUCCCCGCCCGAAGUGCGCUACGUGGAGUAUCUCGAGUACAUUGCAACUAGGGUAGAAUGCCCGCCAGUCCGGAAGAAAAGUCUGGCUCUGCUCACGUCUUAUAUACCCGGAUGGAAGUUGUUGACGCAGACCGACCGGUACCGCGACUGUUCGCAGGGCUUCAGCCACGCAUGGCUAGCGCUUGAGCAUGACGAACGCGAAGAAGCUCAAGUGUUCAUGCUAGGUAAGCUACUAUGGUGCAUAUUUGAAACCUCAAGCAGCAUAAACUGCAGCAUUGGGUUUGACAUGUUUCGAGAGCAGGAAGCCUGGCACUCUUUUCCCGACUUCAAGUACACGCCUCUCAAUUUGAGAGACUGUAUUCGUGCAUGCACAGAAGGAGCACCGGAGUGGGAUGGAACGUUUCGAAGCAUCGUGCGAGUGGGUGCUAAGCUGUACCCCUUGGAGCAUCCCGAAAAUGCGGGCCCCCAAGAGACGCAAGACGCUGCAAUACGAUGGUGGACAAGAGAGGUCAGAAGCGCGAAGCGCUUCAUGGAACAGAAG